GGGGGGAGGAGCCAAACAAUAGAAUACCUCGGAGCGUGAGAGCAGACAGAUGAAAUAGCUACUGUACAGAGUGGUUACAAAGUGACAUAUUGUGUCUGUCGACUCACUUGUUGUCAUUUUGAAUCUUCUGCAGAGAUGAUGACCUCACUUAGCUAGAGUGUCCUGACCUCCCAGUCCCAGAGAGAGCCCCCAGCCAGGCGACCCUGCCGUGACAGGACUAGCCAGGCGACCCUGCCGUGACAGGACCAGUCAUUGGACAGCACAGUGACAGUGUGCUGUGUCUACUAGCAUCAUGGCUGCCCGCCAACAGAAAGGCAGUGCAGUGCUGGAAAGUUCAGCAGAGGGGAAGAGAACGGAACUCAGGGCUAAUGAAGUACUGAAGAAAUGCUCAUGGGCCUCUUACAUGACCAACUCCCCCACUGUGAUUGUGAUGAUUGGUCUUCCUGCCAGAGGGAAAACCUACAUGUCCAAAAAGCUGACCCGCUACCUCAACUGGAUAGGAGUGCCAACCAAGGUAUUCAACCUGGGGGUCUACAGGCGAGAGGCUGUGAAAGCCUACAAGUCCUAUGACUUCUUCAGACAUGACAACGAGGAGGCCAUGGAAAUCAGGAAGCAGUGUGCUCUGGUGGCUCUGCAGGAUGUCAAAGCUUAUCUGACUGAAGAGGGGGGCCAGAUCGCUGUCUUUGAUGCCACAAACACCACCCGAGAGAGGAGAGAAUUAAUCCUUAGUUUUGCAAAGGAACAUGCUUACAAGGUGUUUUUUGUGGAGUCAUUGUGUGACGACCCUGAUGUCAUUGCUGCUAAUAUUAUGGAUGUGAAGGUGUCCAGUCCAGACUACCCAGAAAGAGACAGAGAGAGUGUGAUGGAGGACUUCCUGAAGAGAAUAGAAUGUUAUAAAGUCAUGUACCAACCAUUAGACCCUGAUGAACACGACAAGGACCUGUCCUUCAUCCAGGUCAUCAAUGUGGGCCGGAGCUUCCUGGUAAACAGGGUGCAGGACUACAUCCAGAGCAAGAUCGUGUACUACCUGAUGAACAUCCACGUGCACUCUCACUCUAUCUACCUGUGUCGGCACGGAGAGAGCGACCACAACAUGAAGGGACGCAUCGGGGGUGACGCAAUGCUGUCUGUUCAAGGGAAAAAGUUUGCUGGAGCGCUGAAGGGUUUUGUGGAGGAGCAUGGUCUGCCAGACCUAAAGGUGUGGACCAGCCAGCUGAGACGGACUAUCCAGACUGCGGAGGAGCUCGGGGUGCCCUACGAGCAGUGGAAGAUACUCAACGAGAUCGAUGCCGGUGUUUGUGAGGAGAUGACCUAUGAGAUGAUUGAGGAAUUCUACCCUGCGGAGUUUGCCUUAAGAGAGCAGGACAAGUACCACUACCGCUACCCAGGAGGAGAGUCCUACCAGGACCUGGUGCAGAGGUUAGAGCCGGUCAUCAUGGAGCUGGAAAGACAGGGCAACGUGCUGGUCAUCUGUCACCAGGCUGUCAUGCGCUGCCUGCUCGCUUACUUCCUGGAUAAGAGUGCUGAUGACCUGCCCUACUUGAAGUGUCCCCUCCACACGGUUCUAAAGCUCACCCCCAUGGCUUAUGGUUGUAAAGUGGACACGUUUGACCUCAAAGUGGAGGCUGUGAACACUCACCGGGACAGGCCAUUAGAUAAAGUUCGUAAUGACGUCGUUCCCAACACAUUCCUCCGGAGGAACAGUUUCACCCCUCUGUCCAGUCACGACCAGGUGAAGCGUCCGCGCCUCUACAGCGCUGGCAACCCAUCUCAAUCUCGACGGCCCCUGGCCCCCUUUAUACCCAGCAUGCAGUCCUUCGAGGACCCUGAGGGAGCAGAGUUGACACAAAACCAAGAGUCUCUCAACUGCUUCAGCCCAGGGGACUCAGAAGAUGCUGUUCGCAGUUGAAGAGGACGGAGACAGGCGUCUCCACUCCCCAACAUCCUCUCUGCCAUCAGACCUGGGUUCAAAUACUAUUUUCAGUAUUUGUAAAUACCUUGAGUGUUUGCUUUAGCCUGCCAGGAGUGCCAGAUGAGCAGUGUUUGCACUUUGGGGACUUUUCUAUUGGUUCCAUUUCAACAUGCAAGCACUGUAAAACACAGCUAAAGUAUUUGACAUGAUUUCAAAUAGUAUUUGAACCCAGGUGCCCUCUGUCUGUACCUAGUCCCUCCACUCCAGGAGGAAUCAUCACCUAACGCUCAGGCCUGCUACAUACCAUGCCAGCCUUACCAUUUUGAUUGUCAAGCAGUGGUUCAAGCACACCACCUCAGCCGCAAAUGGUCACAGCGUGUGGUUGUUGUAGUGGCCAGAAUUUGUUCUACAGCUGUUUCGUUUCUGUUGACAUCUGUUAGAUAGAUAUUGUGACUAUUGUGUGUGGGUGAAGAGUGAUAUGAUUUGAGAAAAACAUGGCCUUGUUUGCACACACACUUAUCAACAUUCAAAGUUGAAUUUACUGUAAACAGAACUUUUGGAUGUUAAAUAGAGGAUAUCUUUGAGGAUAUUUGUCUUAGUAGAUUUUAGAGUAAUUCAGUGAUUUGUCUAUUGCAAUUUAUUUUACAUGGUAACUGAACAUUUUAUCAAAAACAAAGCACUGACUACAAACACUGUCGUAUCCUUUAAGUCUAUAAUGUACAAUUACUUAAGCUCUUAUGAAUGAUAUAUGUAUGUCUUAAAUUGGAUAGUUGAAUAUCAUUGUUUUUGAACAGCGUUGUGACCAGCUUUGUUUUUCCUCAGUUAGGCUGAAAGACCACCAUAUAGGAUUGAAAAUUUCAGCUCAGGGAUUCAUGUUAUUAGUUAGUCACAUGUUACAUGUUACAUUACUGUGUGUGUGUAUAGAGUUCACAUUUUACUCUGCAAUUCAGUUACAUAUUCAUGGUCAUGUUGUGAAAUGCCAAUUUAUUUGCAUUAUAGAUGCAUUCAUUACACGUCCUCAGCUAAAAUGGCAACUACUAUUGUAGUUACAGUUAAUGGCAGCAUUUAUUCUUAAAUUUGUUAAACUGACAUUGUGUUUUUACUUUUCCUGAUGUUAUCUGCAUGAUUUUGCAUCCUGAAAAAGCACAGCAUAAGGAAAGAUACCGUAGGUACUUUCAUACUUACACAUGGGUGGGCAAGAUCAGUGAAGUGUAUCUUAUUGUUUAUUACUGCCAUAAUGAUAUAUGUUCAAUGUAAUGCUGCUCUAAAGUGCCUCUGUGACUGUUUAGUACAUUUUAGUAAUUUAGCAGACGCUCUUAUCCAGAGCGAUUUACAGUUAGUGAGUGCAUAAAUUUGUUCAUACUG